AUGAGGACACUGAGCCUGUGGUUGCUUCUCCUUGCUUCAGCCUGGGCAGAGGAGCAGGACAAAGUGGUGCACGGCAGUCCCUACCACCUGGACGCCCACCCCUUCCAGGCUGCACUCUUCACCUCUGGCCACUUGUUCUGUGGUGGGGUCCUGGUGGACCGUCAGUGGGUGCUCACAGCCGCCCACUGCAAAAAACCGCAACUGCAGGUCUACCUGGGGAAGCACAACCUCCAUCACCGGGAGAGCUCCGAGGAGGAGUUCACUGUGGUCCGGGAGAGCUCCGAGGAGGAGUUCACUGUGGUCCGCAAGGUCGUCCACCCCAACUACCACCCCCAGACCCGUGACAACGACCUCAUGCUGCUGCAUCUGGCUCGGCCCGUGAAGACCUCUCAUCGGAUACAGCCACUGCCAAAGGAGCCCAACUGCUCGGCCCAUAAGUCCCACUGCCAAACCCUGGGCUGGGACAAGACAGAAGAGAGUGUUUUUCCUGACACCAUUAACUGUGCUGAAGUCCACCUGGUGCCGAAGACAGACUGUGAGGGAGCCUACCCCGGCCAUUUCACCCGGACCAUGGUGUGUGCCAGCAGUGACCAGGAAGGAGCAGAUUCCUGCCAGGGUGAUUCCGAGGGCCCCCUGAUAUGUGACAACCAUCUCCGGGGCAUUAUGGCUUGGGGUGAUUCCCCCAGUGGAUCCAAGAACAAACUAGGAGUCUACACCGACAUCUGCAUGCAUCUCCAAUGGGUGAAGAACGUCAUUCGCCAGGAUGGCUCUGGCCUGUGA